UCUAAGUAUAUACAUUAUAAAUCUUUACAGACAGCUUGCUAUCAUCUAGCAUAUAUUCCUUUACUCUCAGCAUUAGUUCAAGAUACAUAUAAUAAGGUUUAUAAACAAUCUGCAUCUUUGGAACUCCUUACUCACUUAAAGUACAAACUAUUUCAAGCUGUCUUGUCCUAUAUCCUCUUACAGCCUGAAAUUCUCAAGGCAUACAGCUCUAGUAUUCUAUUCAACUACUUAGAUGGAAAAUUAUGUAGGCUCUUCCUAAGGUUUGCUUUUUACUUAGCAGACUACUCUAAGAAGUAUGUCUUG